CGGGCCCGCGCCCGCAGCGCACACAUCCAUAGAAGGCAGUGGAGGCAGCGGCCUGGCCGCGCGUGCUCGCCCACCUCGCCGCCCCUCACCCGCUUUCUUCGCCGCCGCGUAACCCGCUCCCUCGCCCCCCGCCGGCCCCUCGCCGCCCCGGCGACAGAGACCGGAGAAAGUUUGUGCGGCGAGUGCGGGCCGGGUGCGGAGGGCGCGCCCGCGGAGCGCUGCGGAGACCCGCGCGGCCCCCGCCCGCCGAGAGGGGAGCGCCCCGAGCCCGCGCCCCCGGCCCGCGCCCCUCGCUGCCAUGGGCGCCGCGGCCCGCAGCCUGCAGCUGGCGCUCGGCCUCCUGCUGCUGGGGACGCUGCUCCGUCCGGCCGACGCCUGCAGCUGCUCCCCGGUGCACCCGCAACAGGCGUUUUGCAAUGCAGAUGUAGUGAUCAGGGCCAAAGCGGUCAGUGAGAAGGAGGUGGACUCUGGGAACGACAUCUACGGCAACCCCAUCAAGCGGAUUCAGUAUGAGAUCAAGCAGAUAAAGAUGUUCAAAGGACCUGACAAGGACAUCGAGUUCAUCUACACGGCUCCCUCCUCGGCCGUGUGCGGGGUCUCGCUGGACGUUGGAGGGAAGAAGGAGUACCUCAUCGCAGGAAAGGCCGAGGGGAACGGCAAGAUGCACAUCACUCUCUGUGACUUCAUUGUGCCCUGGGACACCCUGAGCACCACCCAGAAGAAGAGCCUGAAUCACAGGUACCAGAUGGGCUGUGAAUGCAAGAUCACGCGCUGCCCCAUGAUCCCAUGCUACAUCUCCUCUCCGGACGAGUGCCUCUGGAUGGACUGGGUCACAGAGAAGAACAUCAACGGGCACCAGGCCAAGUUCUUCGCCUGCAUCAAGAGAAGCGACGGCUCCUGUGCGUGGUACCGCGGAGCGGCACCCCCUAAGCAGGAGUUUCUCGAUAUUGAGGACCCGUAAGGAGGCCAACAGCACCCCUGUGGCCAACUGAAAUGCCUCCAAGAGUUUAGACUGGUCCAGCUCUGACAUCCCUUCCUGGAAACAGCAUGAAUAAAACAGUCAUCCAAGUGGGUCUAAAUUAGUGUGAUUCUCCUCCCCGCCCCCAUUUUCCUUUUAAAGAGGGUUGUGGGUCUAAAUAGGGAGGUGGGUCCCACAUUCCAUCCUCCAGCCUGGGCACUGUGCAUCUCAGUCUUCAAAUCUGGGGUGUGGGCGGGGGGGGACACACAGGCUUCCCUCCCAGGCCCAGCCUUGGCACUGUCACAAACGCUGAGGAGACAGCACUUAGGGGUCCCCCCGGCCUGGUCAGAGCAGAGCCUGGAAAUGUGCAUUUUGCAGAAACUUUUGAGGGUCGUUGCAAGACUGUGUAGCAGGCCUACCAGGUCCCUUUCCUCUUGAGAGGGGCAUGUCCCUCGUUUCCUGCAGCUUCCACACCUCUGGCCCCUAGAGGAGCAGUCCCUGUCCUGGCAAGUGCACCCCCACCUCAUCCCCCUCGGGCCCACCAUGGACUCCCCACACCUGUGACUCCUGUAAGUCCAGGGGCAGCCCUGGACCAGUGGCUUGUUCUUGAAGGAGCCCCAAUUACUUGUAUUCAUUUGCAGAAUUCCGGUGGGAGCCUCCCUCUGGGGCCCGUGCCGAGAUGUGGGAGUGACAAACUUCAGCUUCCGCCAAGUCAUUCUGGUCCCAUCCACCCACCCCAGCCCCACCCCACCCCCAGCCCUUGGGGGGAAUCCAUGACAUUCUGCCCUGAGGGCAGACGUGGUGGGGAGCACUUGGCUGCCCCUAUAGUUUAUUCUUGAGCUUCUGAAGUCACUCUAGCUUCCUCCUCCUCAUUCUGGCAUCCGGCAUCUAGAUGGAGUUGUGCGGGUUGGCUUUGCAAGGGGUUGCGUGUGGCAGUGGCACAGGCUGUGCUCUCUGUUUGUACAUCCUGAGGACAUCAAAAGCUGGGUCCCGCUGUGUCCCCCAACACACCCCAGAGCCCCACCUGAGCAGGUGCCACAGGUUCAGUAUGACCUCCCUCCAGGACUGAAAGUCACUGUGCUGUCCCUGGAUUUCUGUGAGUGAGGUUAGCCAAGUGCAUUAUGAAGUCCUACCUAGGAAAGGACGAAUUUGGGAGGUAGGUGGCUUCAGUGAAACUCUCAUUUCUUUCUGGGCCUCUAGUACUCUGGCCAGCUUUGAGAGACAUCUCAUUUUUCUCAAGAUGAAUUCUCCCCAAGUUGCAGGUGUACCAGCCUCUGCUUCUAUUUUCUUACAUUGCAAAGAUCUCUCAGUUAAUAAACUUCAUAGGGAAUCUUUUCCCUAAAAAUGGUUUUCUGGUGCCAGUAAAAUAGGGGUUACUGUAGGCAGAAAUUUCUCAGUAAGAGUAAAGAUAAUCUCCUUUUUCUUCCUGCUUGUGUUAUAAACUAUUCUAUCAUGCACGUUAUGCAGACACACAUAUAUGUACAUGUGCGCACACACACACGCAUAAUGAAACUGAAGUCUGUCAGCCGGCAAGUGGUCCUUCUGCAAAAUGCUUCUGAAGUCACCUUCUAAGCCUGCUCUAUUCUUCGGUCACCCCAAAGCACCUGUAAGACUCCUGACCCCUGGCACGCAGCCCCAUGCCCGCCCGGGACCUGGUCAGCAUAGAUUUUGAUGACUUCCCUUUCGAGGGCAGACUAGGAGAAUAUCCAGGAAGCGGUCCCCGCUCCAAGGGCACUUUCAUGCUGUACAGUGUUAUAAAGCUUGUGAGAUGUCAUAAUGGACCAGUCCAUGUGAUCAGUAUAUACAAGAGCACCAGACCCCUCCGAUCAAUAGAACACCCCACCCCCAUUUGCUUCCUGUAUGGUGUUAUCAUAUGUAACAUUUACUCCUGUUUCUGCUGAUUUUUUAAGUGUCUUGGUUUGUUUCUGCCAUUGGUUGUAAUCAUUCCUGUGCUGUGUUUUUUAUUACCCUUGGUAGGUGUUAGACUUGCAUUUUUUUAAGGUUUCUGCAUUGUGGAAGCAUUUGACCCAGAGUGGAGAGCAUGGCGGGUAGCUAGCCUAUGACAGUGGAUUCCUACAGAUCUUUUCUUCAGUUCUUUGAAUAUUGUUGCUUUUCCAUCUCCCAUCUUUUGUUCUCUGGUUUGAAUUAUUACAAAGUCAAGGAUCUGUGAGUAGGUUGGUUCUAAAAGAUGGCCUUUAUGUUCAGUCCAUGCACAUUGGUCUUGAAGCCAUGCUGAGGAGAAAAAAAACGAAAAAAUCAAGAUGGCAUACCCAGUGGCAGCUGAAAGGAGCAGCCACUCAAAUACCUUCACAGUAAAUAAUUGCAAUAUAUGUAUAGUUUAAGAAGGCUCUCCAUUUGGCAUUGUUUAAUUUAUAUGUUAUAUUCUAAGCACUACUCUUUCCCUCUCUUCUUCAUGCAAGCUACUCAAAAUAUUUAAAAUAAAGUUUACAUUGUAGUUAUUUUCAAAUCUUUGCUUGAUAAGUAUUAAGAAAUAUCAGACUUGCUGCCAUAAUUUAAAGCUUUGUUGAUUUUGUUUGUUUUUGUUUGGAUUCUCUCUUGUUUUUUUAAUUUCCGGGCAAUGUGUUUUUGCUGGAAUAUGAAGUCUGAGACCUCCCUGUGCUGGGAACACGUGAGAGUUGUUGAAAGUCGACAAGCAGACUGCGCAUGUCUCCAGUGUUUUGUAUCAUUCCUGAGUGAUCGCUCGGUCAGUGGACAAUAAACAAUAUUAUCAAAGAGAA